GCCUUGGACUCUUUCGUCUUCUUCCUUCCCGCUAACGCUCGUGGAGAACCACGAAGCAUAACAAAAAAGGUCUAAAGACCAAACGUCACGGAACUCCGUGUGGCGCGUACACGUCGGAAUCUCACGUGAGGGUGUCCGUGCAGACCCUCAUUCUUAUUCUUCUACCUGGUCACCAAAUACCGUACUCGAAGUAAACGUUCCUCCCGACCCCUUGCUACGUGCUUUAAGGUCGAUGUACAACAUUCGGAAUGGAUCCAUUCGAGGACGCCGAGCGGGUCUUUGAGCCUCCGAAUACGGCUCGCUGGGCGGAGAAGAGCCCUGGCAAAGAUACGGCGGGCACAAGCAAGGCGGCGGCAAGGGCGGGGCUGAGGCGGUCGGGGCCGAGAGACAGCGUCUUCGUCAAAGAACCUCGAGCAAGCAAAGAAGCGGCAUUGCAGUGGUUCUGUGAAAGCUCCAUGCCACUCUCAGCAGGAGUGGGGGGUAAAAGGAAGGCAAUGCCAAUCGAGCUGGACGAGGAAGAAGACGAAGAUGAAGGCGACAGCGGCUUGAACCACCGGUCAAGCUCAGAUGAUGAUGACGACAGGGCGAUGUCUUCGUCUCUUCAAAUACCAGACUCUUCUUUCCUCGAAACAAUUCACUAUCUUGCUGCUCAACAAUAUGCUUCGAGGUCGGACGACCGGUUCGAGAAACACCAAAGCAGUUCUCUCGUUGCGUUGGGCGUAUUUCUCGAGGAAUUCACGGCAUAUCACCUUGCUGGGUCUCCUCCUGCAGCUGUGGCUAGCAACAAAGGGACUGAAGAGGCCCUGAAGGAGAUCGAGGGCCAAAUCAAAAAGGAUCUUCAAAGGCUCAGGCAAACCAGAACCUUUUUCUUGCCUCGACCUAACAGGUCGCACAGAAAAGGGACGAGGUAUGGCGAUAGACAUUGGAGGACGGAGGCAACGAAGCGCAAAUAUGCCCUGCCAACAUUGUUGCUCGAUUCCGCUUCAGAUGAGGGUCAAGAGGCCGACGGCGUGUCGCAGACCGUUGAAGGAGAGGAUCGCAUCAGUGAGAAAAGAGACAGUGGCGGUGAUGCCGAGGGCACAGAAAGAGAGAAGUUUGACGAUGGCUCUCAAGAAAGCGAAGAGAGCGCGGAAGAUGUGUAGCAUUCUGUACAAUAUAAACUUGUCGUACUGUAGAACCUAGUGCUU